GUGGGGGCGCGGGCGGCACGUGGCGCCCGGUGCUCCCGCCCCGCGCCCGGGCAUGGAGCGGCGGCGCGCGCCCGCCGCCCCCCCCCGGUACGGGCGGCGCCGGUUCUGGGACGAGCUGUACCGGCGGGAGGGCGCCGAGACCUGCGAGUGGCUGGGGAGGCUCUCCCGGUUUCUCCCGCAGCUGGAGCCCGAGCUGCGCCCCGGUGACCGCAUCCUCGUCCUCGGCUGUGGCAACAGCGCCCUGAGCCACGACCUGUACGAGCUGGGCUACACCGACGUCACCAGCAUCGACUUCUCGGCCGCCUGCAUCGCGGCCAUGCGCGCCCGCUACGCCCGCUGCCCCGGCCUGCGCUGGGCCGUCAUGGACAUCCGCGCCCUCACCUUCCCCGACGCCUCCUUCGACGUGGUGCUGGAGAAGGGCACCCUCGACGUGCUCAUGGUGGAGGAAACCGACCCCUGGCAUGUCUCGCCCCAGGCAGCCGCCGCGAUGCACCGGGUGCUGGCAGAGGUGAGCCGGGUGCUGCGCCCGGAGGGCUGCUUCAUCUCCAUCACUUUCGCCCAGCCCCACUUCCGCAAGCCCCACUAUGCCCAGGAGGCCUUUGGCUGGUCCCUGCGCCACGCUGCCUGCGGGGACGGGGACGCCGGUGCCUUCCACUACUUCCUGUACGUCAUGCGCAAGGGGCAGCCCCUGGAGCCCCGGGACGUGGCCUUGGGGCGCCGCCUGCACCAGCCCACCCCGGCCCCCGCCCCGCCGCCGGCCCCCGCCCCCCCGGAUGACGACGAGGACUAUCUCCUCGCCAUCCAGCUGUGACCCAGGGGCUUGCCUGCCUGCCCCCACCCAAUAAAGCCUUAAGAUGCUCCAUCCUCA